UUUCGAUGUGCGAGGAAAGCCGCUGUCACAGGCUAGACACUGGUCAGCGCCGGAAGUAUUUGGGUCACGUGCCUACUUCCGGACCGUCUCGGAGCCGGCUCAGCUCGUCAUCGACGACAUCCGGCGCCACGACGAGGGCGUCUACCGAUGUCGCGUCGACUUUCGCAACGCCCAAACUCGAAGCUUCCGCUAUAAUCUCACUGUAAUUGUUCCGCCUGAGCAACCUACGAUUUUGGAUAAAUGGGGGAGACAGUUGAACGGAAGCGUGGGUCCUCACGAGGAAGGCGAUGAUAUAACACUGACAUGCAGAACGGUUGGAGGUCAUCCUCAGCCGGUGGUGCGAUGGAUGGUGAACGGAUUACUCGUGGACGAUCAAUACGAGCACAACGCUGGAGAUGUCAUCGAGAAUCGUCUGGUUUGGCCGACUAUAGGAAGGAAGGACCUGGACGCAAUCUUCACCUGCCAAGCGGUCAACACCAUCCUAACAGAGCCGAAAGAAGCCAUCGUCAUGCUCGAUCUACAUUUAAAGCCGCUGACGGCGACUAUCCUGAAGACAGUAAGCCCACUCGUCGCGGACCGUAGAUAUGAAGUGACCUGCGAAUCGGCAGGAUCUCGACCUCCCGCCAUUAUAACAUGGUACAAAGGCAAAAGGCAACUCCGCAGGACGAAGGAGGAAAACCGGGAGAAUGUGACGAUCAGUGAGCUGAGCUUCGUCCCGACGACCGAGGACGACGGCAAAUCUAUAACUUGCCGAGCGGAAAACCCGAACGUCACGGGCCUCUUUCUGGAAACUUCUUGGAAAAUUGACGUCGUGUAUCCUCCAAUCGUCUCGCUCAGAUUGGGAAGCACUCUGAACCCGGAUGACAUCAAGGAAGGCGACGACGUUUACUUCGAGUGUCACGUCAAGGCGAAUCCCUUUUGGAGACGUCUCACCUGGCUACACGACGGCGUCGUGCUAAAUCACAACAUGUCGGCAAGGAUAAUCCGGAGCAACCAGAGCCUCGUCCUGCAGAAGGUGACGAGACAAAGCGCCGGAAGAUACGUUUGCUCGGCAGUCAAUACGGAAGGGGAGACCCUCAGUAAUGAGCUCGCCUUCCGAGUGCAAUAUUCUCCAACGUGUAGAUAUGAUAGGAUUGUUGUCGUCGGUGCUUCCAGAGGAGAGAGUAUAGACAUCCUCUGCGAGAUCGAGUCCGAUCCUCCGGCAAAGAGUUACAGGUGGAAGUUCAACAAUUCGGGCGAAACGUUGGACGUUGCCGCGGAAAGAUUUGCGAAGACUAGUAACGGCACUAUGAGCGUGCUGAGGUACACUCCCGUCUCCGAACUGGAUUACGGCUCGUUAUCCUGCUGGGCGUCCAAUUCCGUGGGCCAUCAGUUGAAUCCUUGCGUUUUCCAAGUCGUCGCCGCAGGCAAGCCGUUCCCCGUGAAGAACUGCACUUUGUCGAACCAAACGAGCAGCUCGGUGGACGUGUACUGCCUACCCGGAUUCGACGGUGGCCUUCCGCAGCAUUUCCUGCUGGAACUGUACUCGCCGAAUUCCGCCGUUCCCCGUUUCAACAUCACCUCUCUGGAUGAGCCCUACUUCUUCCUGGACAACCUCGAACCGGAUGUGACGUUCAGGAUUGUGGUCUUUGCAGCGAACGCGAAAGGACGGAGCAACGGCGUCGUUCUCGAGGAAGUCACCUUCAAGGAUGCGGAGAAACGUACAGCAUCUGAUGGUGAAUUGCCGAUUUCUCCGAUAAUUGGAAUCAUAAUUGGAACGGCUCUGACAAUAAUAGUCAUGAUGUUGGUGAUUAUCGUAGUUCGAAGAUCCGAGAAACAAACGGAAGGCGGAUUGGAUCAGAAGGUGAUCGGCGGACAGAACCUCGGCUUAUCCUCAACCAAACCACUGUUAAGAAGUGCUUCACCGCGAGAUGGAAUCGACGAAAGAGACCCGGACAUCAUACCUGCAAAAUACGGAUCACCUGAUGCCGAAAGCGAAAGACAAUUGGGAAUGCCGUCCAGAGGUUUGAUAGCAUCUCCGAGUUACGGACAGACCGCCGCUUCUUCUGCUCCAGCUAAUAUAACGACGAGCGCUGCUCCUCAUUGGGUGAGCAUCUCAUCUGGUGCACCGGCUUUGGAGAACGACCCAUAUCACCAGUACAACAAUCCCGUCGCUAUGGUUGGAACGUUUCCCAGGGAAACCCGCCCGAAGGACCUGCGACUCGGAAACGGAAGCUCCGCGACUAUGACUAGGGCCACGCAGCAGACCGACCUCGAACUCAAUGGAUUAGCCAUUAAGGAACGACUCAUGGCUAAUCGGCUGCCCGAGAGUUGCGUAUAAAAGUGUUCCCCUUUUCCAUUCUCUCACUUUUUCUCUACUUCUAUAUUUUGUUUCACUUCUGUUUCUCCCCCCUUACCACACUUUACUACCAACCCUUAAUUCAACCAUCAUCCCGCUCCGCUCUUUAUUUCCACCGUCCAAACGCUACAACAUUUAUUAUUAUUAUUGCAUUAACCUUAACCUAA